GGAGGAGGGGCAGGUACCCCGGUAGCAGGUACCAGUCCCGAGCACCCCUUCGCGGCGCGCAACAGCAUCCGGAACGUGGAGGAGCAGUUCAACGAGCUGCGCCCCCGGCUGGCGCUGCACUUCCCCUUCGAGCUGGACGCCUUCCAGCAGGAGGCGGUGCUGCACCUGGAGGGGGGCAGGAGCGUGUUCGUGGCGGCACACACCAGCGCCGGCAAGACGGUGGUAGCGGAGUACGCCUUCGCGCUGGCUACCCGCCACUGCACCCGCGCCAUCUACACCUCGCCCAUCAAGACCAUAUCCAACCAAAAGUUCCGAGACUUCAGCGCCAAGUUCGAGGUGGGCCUGCUGACUGGCGACGUGCAGGUGCGCCCCACCGCGCCCUGCCUCAUCAUGACAACCGAGAUCCUGAGAUCCAUGCUGUACAAGGGUGCCGACCUGAUUCGCGACGUGGAGGUGGUGGUGUUCGAUGAGGUGCACUACGUGAAUGACGUGGACCGGGGGGUGGUGUGGGAGGAGGUGAUCAUCAUGCUUCCCCCGCACAUCACGUUGGUGCUGCUGUCCGCCACCGUUCCCAACGUGAUGGACUUCGCGGACUGGGUGGGGCGCACCAAGCGCAAGGUCAUACACGUGACAGGCACCACCAAGCGCCCCGUGCCCCUGGAGCACUCGCUCUACCACGCGGGCGAGCUGUACCCCAUUUGCAGCCGCGAGGUGUUCAACCCCGAGGGCGUGAGGCGCGCGCAGGCGGCGUACAAGGCCCGCAAUGACCCGCAGCAGGGCUCGUACGGCGGAGGAGGAG